AACCCAUCUUCUUCGACUUUAAUACCUAUUUUCUCAACAAUUCACUCUCAAUUCACUUCCACAAUCCAAGGAUAAGUCGGAAAAUUCAUUGCUUUGUUUCAUCUCGUCAUUAAGUGACUUUCUUAAAUUGGAUUUUUUUAGUGAAUUUGAAAAGAUGAGUGGUGCUCCGAAGAGAUAUCAUGAAGAAGGUGGUGGUCAGCCUUCUUCUGCUUCUAAAUACCCUCUUGAGGAAACUGCUGCUUAUCCUAAAAUGCCUUCGUCUUCGGUUCCCGCCGAGUACCAUCAUCCUGCUCCUUAUGACAUGGGGCAAGAUGUUAGAAUGCCUAGGAUUCCUAGAACCGAGCUUCAUGGUGAUUCGGGUAGAAGGUCACCUCUACACCACUCCAUGUAUAGAAUGCCUUCUUCUGUUGCUUUGAAUGAUACACACAUGGAUUCUCAUCAGGGUUUUUCUGACGGUAGGGUGGAGUUGCGGGAUGCCAAGGAAAACCGAGAGAUUAGGGCUGAGAGUCGAGAACAAAGGGUGGAAUCCAGAGAGUUUUUUGCUGAUUCUGCGAAGAGGGAGUAUCCAUCUGGGAAAGGUGAAAAGGUUGGUAGCUUUGAGAGUAGGGGAGAUGAGGGUAAAGAAUUGAAACAUGAUAGAGAGAAUUAUGGUGGUCCGAAGGGUGAUUUGAACGUGGAAAAAGAUUUUUAUGGUGGGGCAAGUAUUCAUUCAAGUUGGAAGGAUUCGAGGGACUACAUUAGAGGAAAAAGAUACUCAGACCCUGGUGGAAACAUAGAUCCAUGGCACAUCCAACGUGCUAAUUCACAAGGAACUGUUGAAGUUGUAAAGGAAGGUUCUGCUACUGAAGAAAAAGAUCAUGCAGAAGGUCACGAGGCUGUUGGUGAGAACACGUUUGAUUCAAAAGACGACGAUAGAUUUAAGGACAAGGAUAGAAAAAGAAAAGAUGGAAAACACCGGGAUUGGGCAGAUAGAGAUAAAGAAAGAAGUGAUCGUAGGAACAACGUGAAUGUAGGUAAUAGCAGUGGUGAGGUCAAAGAAUCUGCAAGAGAGGAGAGAGAAAUGGAGAGAUGGGAAAGAGAAAGGAAGGAUUUGAAGGAAAAAGAAAGGCCAAAAGAGAGGGAAAAGGAUCAUAUGAAGAGAGAACCACUGAAUGGAGCAGACAAAGAAGGAUCAAACAAUGACAAGGAUUUAGGUGAUGGAUCUGUUAGAACACAAGAGCAGGAAAAUCAGGCAUCUGAGCAGAAAAAACAAAAAGACUUAGAUAGCUGGAAAAAUCCUGAUAGGGAAUCUAGAGAUAGGAGAAGAGAAAGGGAUGGUGACACAGAAGGAGACAGACCUGAGAAGCGCAGCAGGUGCUCUGACAAAGAAUCUGAUGAUGGGUGUGGAGAUGGUGAAGGGGCUACCGAAAGGGAAAAAGAAGGUUUCGGUUCUGGAGUCCAGCAGCGUAAAAGGAUGCUUCGUCCAAGAGGAAGCCCUCAGGUGGCAAACCGUGAGCAUGCUUUUCGGCCACGACCUCAAGACAAUGAAGGAUCUCAGGGUAAACUUGAAGUGUCUUCUGUCGUUUAUAAAGUUGGUGAAUGCAUGCAAGAGCUAAUUAAGUUGUGGAAAGAAUAUGAAGCUUCUGAAGCAGAUAAAAAUGGUGAAAGCUCUCAAAAUGGCCCUACCCUUGAAAUUAGAAUACCUGCUGAGCAUGUUACUGCCACAAAUCGUCAGGUCAGAGGUGGCCAGCUUUGGGGGACUGAUAUAUACACAGAUGACUCUGAUCUUGUUGCUGUUCUUAUGCAUACUGGUUACUGUCGUCCAACUGCUUCCCCACCUCCACCAGCUAUCCAAGAGCUACGUGCUACUAUCCGUGUGCUGCCGCCACAAGAUUGUUACACCUCUAAACUAAGGAACAACGUCCGUUCCCGUGCUUGGGGAGCUGGAAUCAGUGGUAGUUACCGUGUUGAGCGAUGCUGCAUUGUUAAGAAAGGAGGUGCAACAAUUGAUUUGGAGCCAUGCCUCACACAUUCAUCAACUGUGGAGCCCACCCUUGCUCCAGUUGCUGUAGAACGACCAAUUAGGGCAGCAGCUUCUAAUGCUUUACGUCAGCAAAGAUUUGUACGAGAAGUUACAAUACAGUACAACCUCUGCAAUGAGCCUUGGAUUAAGUAUAGUAUCAGUAUCGUUGCUGACAAAGGUCUAAAGAAACCCCUUUAUACAUCUGCCCGUCUGAAGAAAGGUGAAGUUCUGUACUUGGAGACACAUUCUUGCAGGUAUGAGCUAUGUUUUACUGGAGAGAAAAUGGUGAAAGCUACAACAGCAUCUCAAGCACAUGAAGCAGAUACAGAGAAGUCGCAAAGUCACCAUUCACAUUCCUCAAACAGUGAAAAGAUUGACUCUGAUAAUGUACUGACAGACGUUUUCAGAUGGUCUCGCUGUAAGAAGCCCCUUCCUCAAAAGGUCAUGCGUUCAAUCGGAAUUCCCCUACCACUUGAUCAUGUCGAGGUAUUGGUGGAGAAUAUUGACUGGGAAGAUGUGCAGUGGUCACAAACAGGUGUUUGGAUAGCUGGAAAAGAGUACACACUUGCCCGGGUGCAUUUUCUAUCUUCAAAUUAGCUGUGUUAUUUUCAAGUUUGGGUAUGUUCACAUGCACAAACCAUUUGUUUUAAUUUUAUUUUAUUGUAAGAAUGAAAGGUAGUGAUUUGAAAUAAUAUAUUUGACCUU